AUGACACAAAAAGAAGAGCCUGUUCGGGGUACCCCCGAUGGUUCGGCGGCUGGCGACGACCAGUCAUCUAGGACCAACAGCUCCGCCAAAGAUCGCAAAUGCAAUUACUGCCAUCAGCCAUUUACAUCCUCCUCCUUGGGCCGACAUCUCGACCAAUUUCUGUUCAAGAAGAAGCCCGACGGACUUCACGAUGUCGAAGAGAUUAGGCGGAUUCGCAGUGGAAUCACCCGGCGCCAGGCCCGAACAUCCACUGGAAGGCACGAAGGCAGUCCCGAGGGCGUUCAGAAGAAGGGAACUGCAGACACAUAUCCAGCUUCAGAUCAGGGCUCAAAAUCACGUGAGGCUCCCGUGCGCAUGAUGUUCAACACGCCCACCUGGCAUGCGACGGGGGUAAUCAACGAUAUCCCCAAUCCACGUGCUCCGGAUGGCCCUCGUAUCGCACCAGCGCAAUCUCGCACUACAUCCUUACAGCUCCCCGACUAUGCGAGUAGAGGUGCUACCGCCAGCAGCCCGGAUACGAUGCGUGCACUAGAGCUGGCACUGCGUGAGGUGCUUGACAAUAUCAAAGCUGCAACCUCAUGCAUACCACAGCGACAAUCGCCUUUCGAUUUCGACCUACAAGCUCAGACUUUCCCCUCUUUAUGCCUGCAGCUGCUCCUCCCCCCUCCCAGCCUAUUCGCGACACAUCCGUUCUCCGCUCCGAAUACGUUUCCCCUCCAGGCUCCCGGCGCUGAGUACCUCGAUAUCAUCCGCCAAGCGCUACACUCCAAAGUCGCCCAAUGGCAGGCCGACCAGCUCGCUGCAGACUCCACCGUUCCGCCUCACGAGAGACACGGUAACACCGGGAUGGAUCCGAACACGGUAUUCCGAAACGCACAACAGCACGAGGACAGUAGUCUCCGACACUUGGAACUAGCCUUCAACCACUGGAAUUCUCUCCCGCACGAGACCCGUCGCGACGCAUGGCAAUUGGAAAUCACGCGCGCAUUCGCACGUGAAGCAGAUAAGCGCAAGUCUACCGAAGAGCAGCUCGUUCGCGUUCAGCAGGAAGCCAACCAACUGCGCGCCCAGGUCGAACGCCUUGGGUCAUGCCAGUGGCCCCGCGAAUUCGCACUCUUCCCGCCGGACACCCUCCCAUUGCCACGUGAGGUAGCUCGCGAAUUAGACGCAAAAGAGAGCCAGAUCAGCCCGGAUUCUUCCCGCUGGGAUUAUGACAAUGUAGUCGCGAAAUGGAGACGUGUCGUCAUGCACGAUAAGGGCAUGGGCCGCAUCGGUGUCGGUCAUGGAAACCCCAGCCCACUGCCAGAACCAGAGCAAAGUCAGUCCAAGCAAACUCCUGAUAUCCGCCCUCCACGUCCUGGUGAAGAAGCCACUUCUCAUCCGAACCGCUUGCGGCCAUUGCAGGCAGCUUCGGGAAUGAGCCCGGAGGCAGCGGCUGCCUCAACCCCUGCGUCUUCCACGCAGUAUGCCUCACCACACUCGCAUGGAGACCCCCGCAGCCCCAGUGGCUUGCCAAGUGUUCCACCGCUGGGGCUGCCGCCGGCCAAGCGCCAGCGACUGACCGUUCAGGAGUUGAGUUAA